ACAAAUGCAUUGUAUCAGAGGGGGAUUAUUUUGAAGGGGAUAACAUAAUUUUAGAUGAAUAAAUGAAUAUUUUUUUAUAAAAAUGAAAAGUUACCUUACUUUUUGAUCACACCUCGUAUAUUGACGGUUGUUUUACGAUUGCCUUUAUUAAUCUCAGAUUAUGUAAUUAAUUUAUUUCACUUGUUGGAAAGUGGCAAAUAAACCCGAAACGUUCAUGAUUUAAAUAUAAAUAUUGAGUAAUAAUUAUAUAUUUAUUUACUAACAUUUAUUUACAAUUGCUCUUUAUCGACCUUCUGAUAACUUAAUAUUGUAUAAUAUUUUUUAUUAAUAGUAUAAUGGCCGUGGCACAAGAUGGCCGUUACGCAUUUGCAGUAUCAAAUCCAUGUUCAAAAUCAUCAGAACAAUAUUAUAUUUGUAAUAUUGUUUUAAUUUAACAUUUUUGUAUAAUAUUAAUACGAUUGCGCAUUUGUACCCGCGCUGACUUUCAUUAGUCUAAUUCCCGAGUAUUAAUUGUUCUUAAUUUAAUAUAUGUCGUUGCAUUUUUAUUAACUCGCAAGACGAUGGCAAUGAUCGAGAGUAUCUUUGAGAGAGAGAGAGAGAGAGAGGGGGGGAGAAAGAGAAAUUUUUUUUUACUAAAGAUUGUUUUCUAUUGUAGGUCAUUAUUACACACACGCACGCACGCCCGCACGCACGCACACACGCCCGCCCGCCCGCCCGCCUACACACGCACACACACAUACAUACAGACAUAUAUAUAUUUUUUUUUUGUUUAAAUUAAGUUGAAAAUAUAAAAUCAAGAAUCACGGUUGUACCUUGAGCUAAGUAAACGUGCGCGCGAAACCACCCCGUAUAUCUACGCUAAUCAGUAACCAAUCCAGUAAUUUAGCGUGUAUCCAAAAUUAUUGGAUUCCAAUAUCUGAUCAAGUUCUAAAUAAGUUUAAUUUAUAGUUUUGGUUAAAAUUAUAUAAUAAAAAUGUUCUCAUUUUUUUUAAAUAAUAAACAAUUUUAUUAUAAUUUAAAAUUAUUUUUUUUGGAUUUGCCAUAUUUGAUCGUUAUUUUAUAUUUUGUCUCUAAUUAUGUAUUUAAUGAUCCUUUAAAUCUUUAAAAAUAAUUAAACAAUAUACGCUAUUUUUCUAAAAAGGAAUUAGAAAUGAAAGAGUUAAGAAUUCUAAAAGAUAUUUCUAAAAGAUAAUUUAAAAAAAAAAUUUUUAUUUUUGUAAAAUUUGUUUUAAUAAUUGCGAAGCAUUGUAUAUUGCAAACAAAAAGACAAUUAGGCACUAGAGUUAGGGAACAUAAAAAUAAUAUAAAAUUAGAUUCUUUGAGGCAUUUAGUGGUUAUGGAACAUACAAUCAAUCAAAACUAUAAUUUUGAUUGAGAUGAUAAAAGUUCUAGAUAGAGAAAAAUUUUUUCAAAAAAAGUCAUUUUUGAAAUGUUACAUAUCCAGGAACAUAAAAAGAGCAUUAACUUAAUAUAAGACACUGAAUUACUUGACAGCGCUUAGACAUUUUGAAAAAAAUUUGGUUUGAUUAGCCAAUAUCUUGCAUGAAGGAGAUACACUUAUUUGAUUUGUUUUCAUAAGAUAGUUGUAAAUCACAUAUAAUUGGUUUUACAUAGUACAUGGUUCUCAUAUUAGUUGAACAAGAUUUGAUACAGACAGGAAGUAACAACUAUGAUUCGAGAAUUUGCUGAAGCAUAUUUUUAUUACAAUUUGCAAGUAGUUAUAAGCGACGGAAUAAUAAAAAAUGUUAUUAUUUAAAACUUAUAAUAAACAUUUUAAAAAGUGGGAUAAUUAGAUUGACGUAACACGCAUGAGAAAUAAGAACAUAAUUUGAGGCAUUGUAUUUUAUCGGACAAGGCGCUAAACAAUUUUAUGUUAUUGACUUUCACUUUAAUUAUAAGACGAUAGAUAGAGAACAUAUUCUCGUUAUACAACGAGCAAUUUGUUUAAAAAAUUUUAGAACUAUGAAGAAUAUCCAUUACUAACAAGGAGAUGCUACGAAUUGUAAAACACGGAAUUAGAUGAGCCUUAGUUUAUUCAAAAGGAGGGAUCGAAGAUAUAAAAAGUAUUAAAGCGUUUGAGUGCAUGGGUCUUUGUUUCAGAGAAAUUUGCAUGUGAAGUUUGGCAUUUGCCGCGCGGUGCGUUACUAUUGCGCGGUGCGUUACUAUUGCGCGGUGCGUUACUAUUGCGCGGUGGGUUCAAGCGUGAAACGCAGUGGCUGAGGAGACUAAGGCGCACCUUCUAUUUUGUUCUCGGCGGCCGCGUAAAGAGAAUGUUUGAAAUCUCGCAAUGCUAAUUUUUUUUUUUUUUUUAAUAAUAACUACAUUUAUUGUAAUUAAUUUUUAUUAUUUUUAGCAAAAUAAUAAUUGUUAUAUAUUAUUUGUUAUAUGUGUAGGCGAGAUGGUACGUGGAAAUGCGAUAGAUAAUCAAAUAAAAUGUGAGACGUAUCACUUUGCUUGAGAUCCUACUUUACUAGUACUGCGAUGUUACAAUGUUCUCAAGCCGGCGUCCGUACAACGUCUGAUUUUAGCGGCUAUCGCCUUGCGAUAUACUUCUGAGCGCGAUCUGCCUAAUGGCUCAUCAACUAUAUACUAAGCGAUAUGUCGCAACAGAUACAUCGUGCGUAUACAGCAAGUUUGAUAAUCAUAGGAGAUGAAAUUUUACGUGGACAAAUAAUUGAUACCAACACGUCAUAUUUGGCAAAAAGUUUAAUCGCCGUUGGAAUAAAAUUGCAAAAAGUUGUAGUCGUCCCUGAUAACGUAGACGAUAUUGCUGAAGAAGUAAACAAUGCAUCGAAAAAAUAUUCUGUUAUAUUUACAUCUGGUGGUGUUGGACCUACUCACGAUGAUGUAACUUAUGAAGCUGUAGCAAAGGCUUUUGCAUUAAAACUUGAAUUACAUCAAGAAUUGUUUGACAUGUACACCCAAUUAAUUCCCGGUCAGCAAGAAGUAAAACGACUUGCUAUUGUUCCUAAUUCUUGCAAGAUUAUCAACAUUCAUUCUACAGAAACUUUUCCAGUGAUAAGUGUAAAAAAUGUUUAUGUACUGCCUGGUUCUCCAAAGUAUUUUAAGCCUGCUUCAGAUGCAAUAAUUUCUCGUUUGAAAGGAUGCACGCCAUUAUACUUGGAACAUAUAGAUAUUCAAUUGAGUGAAUUGGCAAUAAUAGAUAUUUUAGAUAAACAAGCAAAACGGUGGGAUGGUAAAGUAAAAAUUGGCAGCUAUCCUCAAUUAGAAUUGCAAACACCUUUUACGACAAUCACCUUGGAAGGAUCAAAAGAAACAGUUGUAGAAGCAAAAGAGGAGCUUUUGUAUAAUUUGCCGAUACAAAAAAUUAUGAAUUUGAAACAUAAAUUCAGUCGUUUUCAAAUGAAUGUCGUGCUGGAAAAUAGUAAAAACGAAGUGCAUAUUAAAUGUGCAUUAGACAUAUUAAAUGAAUGUUAUGAAAGAUAUAAUCCGAAUGAAGUUUUUAUUAGUUUCAAUGGAGGCAAGGAUUGUACAGUAGUCUUGCAUUUAGCUGCUACGGUCGCAAAAUUGCGUAAUAUUUCACCCUUAUUGUGCUUAUAUAUAACUGAUGAUUCCUUUCAAGAGGUAGAAGCAUUCGUGGAAUCAGCUGUUCAAUAUUAUGAUUUGGAGAUAAUACGGAUGCAACGACCGAUCCAAACUGCAUUGUCUGCGUUAUUGGCAGAAAAAUCUAAUUUAAAAGCAAGUCUUAUGGGUACGAGGAAAGGUGACCCAGGUUCUGAAAAUUUACAAGCAUUUACACCGACUGAUCCAAACUGGCCGCAGUUAAUGCGAAUAAAUCCUAUCUUACACUGGUCAUACAGUCAAGUAUGGACAUUUUUGUUAAAGCACAAUAUUCCUUACUGCUCGCUCUACGAUCAAGGAUAUACAAGUAUCGGCAAUAGAAAUACUACGAUGCGAAAUCCGUUGUUAAAGGAUCCUAAUAAUUCUUUGUCUUAUUUACCUGCGUAUACUUUGACCGAUAAAUCCGCUGAGAGAAAAGGCAGAGACUAUGAUGAAAGCAAUGUAUGACUUUUUAUAUUUCAUUAUAUUCUAUCAGUGAACUAAUAUUGUGCUAUAUUAAUUAGCGUUGUUAAUAUAUAUUAAUAUUUUACAGUAUUGGGUAGUAACUAGUUAAAAAGUUAAAAGUUAUAUAAUAAAUUUAAAAAGUUAAUUAAGGGGGUAUCCUGAUUUAGGACGUCAAAAAAGUCACUUUAUAAUUUUUUUCUAAGAGGGAAGAAUAAUGUUGAUGGUUUUCAAACUUUUUGCACAUUGUAGUACAACUAUUGUAGAAUAUAAAAAAAAUUUUUUGUUUAAAAAACCAUUGUUAUUUGUAAAGAAAUAAAUUUUGAAUUGGAGACGUCGCCGAUGUUUGUGUACAUUCUCAGAUUUUUUAUUCUUCUCUGAAACAAAAAGACACAAUAAACAUUCAUAAUUUUUAUAUAGUUAUAUUCUAUAUAAACUAAAAAAAUUAAAAAAAAAAUAUAUAUAUAUAAAUUGAAAUUUUGUGCGACUUUGAAAAAAAAAUUUCUAUUUUCACUAGGUUAUGUCCAUCAUUUUAUGCAAAAAAAUUGUUAUUGUUGAUUUCUUUCUUAACGUUUUUAGUACAAAUAGAGUAGUUGACUAUUAGACAACUAAUAAGCUUUGUACGAAGUCGAUCGGUGAAAUAGUUUUUCUUUAAUUGUGUAUACAAAAUUGAAGAAAAUGCUGAUUUUGAUAAAAACUCAUUUAAAGUUUUUGGUGUAAAAAACUUGUAAUUAGUGAAUACAUACAAUGUUUGGAAACUAAUCAGCUAUUCCAGGGGCAUACAGUAAUCCCUCAGCUUCCUCAUUUCAGCCGAAGUCAUUUUCAAUAAUUCGGGCCAGCCUACGAGUUCUUCUUUUGGGCAACUCUGCUGUCGAUGCUUCUGCCUUGAUAUUUAUUGCGCAUCAUAUAUAUUUGCGUAAUGUUUGCACUCUGGUCUAAUAACAAUGUCUAUUACAUUCAUUAUUUUUAAAACUGCAAAAUAUCUUUUAUUAAAAAUGUCGGCGACAAGAAAAGUUGCGAUGUUAAUGAUUUUUAUACCACAAUUGAGAUGCUUUGUCGCCAGUUUCCAUAUGGUGGAAUUGCAGCUUUCUUUUGUAGCAUUCAAACCAAAUAUACAUAAAUACUGAUCUAUACUUGUCUAAGAAACGUGUUUUGUCGAUAAAUAAAAGCAAACAACUAAGAAAUGGAGCGUUCUCCGAACCUUGCCCGUUCAUCUGCGCCGCGCUCCGGUCAUAAGCGCUGUAUCUUCGAAUUUUGCUUUGAAAUUUUAGAAACAUAUUCUUGAAGAGUUGUACUAUUGAUUGAUGAAAAAAAAAAAAUUGAUUUUUUUGACCCUGUAAAUCAGGAUACUCCCUUAACUUAAAGUUAAUUUUAAAUGAUAUAAUUUUAAUUAUUAAUAGCUUUAAGUACUUAUAUUUCAAACAUAAGUUAAAAACGUAUCUAUGUAAAA